GGGAAUGGGGUGACGAUGAUGGCCAAGCCGAGUCUUGGGUCGCAGACGCUGGCCCAGAGAAUCCAUGGUCUACCGGUGAUCAGGAUGACACGUGGGGCGAGGCUUCGGCAGAUUCAGAUCCCAAGAAUCCGUGGCCUGCUGAUGAAGGCUGGGAUAACACGUGGGUCGAGGAUUUCCCGGACCCCACCAACGACGAGAUCUACGAGAGCUUCAUCCAGACCAUGGGCAUCGACUUGGACGAGGAGGCUCAACUGCACACGCCUAGCUUCCGCACAAACAAUACAAUUGCCGUUGAUUUGGUGCAGGAGCAACCUGAGCAACCCGACGAAGGGCAGAAUGAUGAUUUGGUCAAUCACGACAUGCAGGAGGCCAAGGAGGAGCCGGUACAUCCAUUUCCUGGCAAGCCGGAUCGUUCGACCCGGCCGAUCAAUCCCCAUGCCCAGAGGCUGGUGCUGGCCAGCAAGCAGCCAGUGGAGUAUCAGAAGCCCAAAGGAAGCCCAAAGAGCAAAGCAAAGGCCAAAGCAAAGGCGAAAGCAAAGACCACCCCCAAGAAACCCAAGGCAAAGGCCAAAGCAAGGACCAGACAAGAUGGAAGCGUAACCCCCUACACAGCCGCUUUUGAGUCGUUCAAGGAACAGCCACCAAGCCGCACAUAG